UCCGCCACAGAGAGAGCACUCCUGUGUUGUGGUGCAGACGGAGCGGAUGCAGCAGCAGAUCUGAACAGAGAACCUCCCAUCCGUCCCAGCAUGAAGGCCAGAGUGAGUCUUCUGCUCGGCCUCAUCGUAGCAGCGUGUUCCUCUGGAUCCGCUGCUCAGAUACCAGAGUGUGAAAACGCCAGCCUGGCCGACAUCGUCUUCCUAGUCAAUGGCUCUGGCAGCAUUUACGAAGAUAACCUUAAGGAGGUCCGGACUUUUCUCAGCAGCAUCAUCGAAGCCCUCGAAAUCGGCCCUGACAAAGUCCGGAUCGGCUUCGCUCAGUACAGCGACGAAAUAUCCCCGUCGUUUCUGCUAAAGGAUCACAUGGACAAAAAGUCCCUGCUGAAGGCAGUGGAAGAUCUUCCCUCCACAAAAACCCAAGCCAAGGACUUCCUCCACUAUUUCAACAAGGACACAGGGAGCCGAGCCAGCCAGCAGGUUCCUCAGAUCGCUGUGUUCAUCACAGAAGGAGAAUCCAUAGAUUAUCUGAAAACGACUGCCCAGCACCUGAGGAAUCAGGAAGUUAUAGUGUUUGGCAUUGGGGUGGGAGCAGCCAACCGCACAGAGCUGGAGUCCAUCGCCAACCGGCCUCCAGAGCGCUUCCUGUCCUCCAUCGAUAACUACCAGGCUCUGCAGAGUCUGACCAGAGGUCUGCUGCAAACUGUUUGCAUCUCUGUGGAGGAUCAGAGGCAAGCUUUGGCGGAGAGGUUUGGAGAUAUUUUCUUCCUGGUGGACAGUGGCAUAGCUACGGCAAAUGUCUCCAGGUUUAGGACUGAAUUUCUCAACUUGAUCGAUCAACUUAACGUUGGAGCGUCCACCUACCGCAUCGGUUUGGCCCAGUAUGGUCAAGAUACCAGUGUUGAAUUUAGUUUCAAUACUUCUCAAUCUAAAGCGGACAUCAAGGCUGCUGUCAAACGGUUCCGCCUGCGCCCACGACCCAAACAACCACGAAACCUGGGCAGUGCUCUGACGUACGCCAACACACUUUUUACCCCUGAGGCUGGGGGCCGUGCACACCAAGGAACCCCCCAGUACCUGGUGGUCGUCAGUGGAAGAGCGUCCAAUGAUUCUGUGUCCAGGCCCGCUCAAAAGAUCAAAUCAUCAGGGGUGACUGUCUUUGGGAUGAGUGCGGGUGCAAGCAUGGAUGAUAUAAGCUUGUUUGUUGAUUCUCGGUACGCAUUCAAAACUCCUGAAGUACUUAUUUUGAAGGAUUUCUUCUUGACCCCGAAAAAGGAGGUCGUUACUGAAGAAUGCAAAGGAGCCAAUUUGGCCGACAUCGUGUUCAUCGUUGACGAGUCUGAAAGCAUUGGGAGAGACAACUUCCAGCUGGUGCGCACUUUCCUCCACUCGCUUGUGAGCGGCCUGGAUGUCAGUCCCUCUAGAGUCCGAGUGGGCAUCGUUACGUACAACGAAAAGCCCACAGCACAGGUCUACCUCAACACCUUCAAUGACAAGGAUGAAACCCUCCAGUUCAUCAAGAUCCUGCCUUACCGUGGAGGCGGUACGUACACAGGAAAAGCUUUAAACUACACCCUGAAAGAAAUCUUCACCGAGGAAAAGGGCAGCAGGAGUAAAAACAGCGGAAAGGGUUUCCAGCAGGUGGCAGUGGUGAUCACAGAUGGUGAAUCCAAGGACCAAGUGAGCAACGCAGCAACCAAUCUCCGUCGGGCUGGGGUCACCAUUUACGCUGUUGGAAUCAAAAAUGCUAGCGUGACUGAACUGAAGAAGAUGGCCAAUCACCCCCCCGAUAGGCAUGUUUUUAAUGUGAACAGUUUCACAGACCUGAAGCCCCUGAAGCAGAGCCUGCAGAGGAUCCUGUGUCAAAACCUCAUUGAGAAAGCAAAGGACAAGAGCAACGAUCAAGCAUGUGUGCAAAAAGACGAAGCAGACAUCUUCUUCCUGAUGGACGACUCAGGGAGCAUUGAGCACAAAGACUUUGACAAAAUGAAGAACUUCAUCAUCAGGUUUCUAAAAACCUUCCGUAUUGGGAAAGAAUAUGUCCGCCUGGGGAUUGUGAAAUAUGCAGAUUGGCCAACGAGACAAUUUGAUCUGACCGCUCACUCAGAUGCCAAGUCACUGGAGAACGCCGUCUUGGGUAUUAAACACGAUGGAGGUGGGACAGAAACAGGAAAAGCGCUGGAAUUCAUGGUCUCACACUUUGAGAGAGCCAAGGUCACUCGUGGUCACAAAGUCCCAGAGUACCUGGUGGUCAUCACAGAUGGAAAAUCCACUGAUGAGGUCAAGGCUCCCGCUGAAAAACUGAGGGCUCAGGGUGUCACCGUCUACGCCAUCGGGGUGGAAAAUUCAACUCAAUCUCAGCUGGAAGAGAUAGCCGGGGACCGCAAGAGGACCUUCUUUGUCACUAAUUUUGAUGCCUUGGAUGCCAUCCACAACGAGAUCAUCACAGAGUUCUGUUCUGAGGACGUUUGCAAAGAUGUACAGGGCGACAUCUUUUUCUUAACUGAAAGCUCUCAGAGCAUCUCUACGGAAGACUUUGGGAAAAUGAAAGAUUUCAUGAAAUCUGUCAUCAGCAAGACCCCCAUUGGGCAGGACGAGGUGCACGUCGGUGUCAUGCAGUUCAGCACGAAACCCAAACUGGAGUUUUCCCUCAACAGUCACAACAGAAAAGACAUUUUGUCAGCCAUCGAUGGUAUGAAGCAGAUGAAUGAAGGCACGCUCACAGGAGAGGCCCUCAAAGAGGUGACGCAGUACUUUGAUGCAACCAGAGGAGGGCGUCCUGGUAUUAGGCAGAGGCUGAUAGUGAUAACAGUGAGGGAGUCCAAAGACCAGGUCAAGGGCCUCGCCGCGGCUCUGAGGGCCAAAGGAGUGGUGGUCUACGCCAUCGGAGUGGCGGAAGCCAACACCACCCAGCUGGUAGAGAUCAGCGGAUCAUUGGACAGGGUGUAUAGUAAGGAGGACUUUGAUGGUCUGAAGGACUUGGAAAGCCAGGUGGCCUUGAAGAUCUGUGAGAAAGAUUGUCAGAUAGGAAAAGCUGACAUCAUUUUCCUGGUGGACACCUCCAUAAGCAUAAAUUCAACACAAUAUGACAGUAUGCGGACGUUUAUGGAGUCAGUAGUGAACCAAACCACAGUUGGCAAGGACCACACUCGUUUUGGGAUCAUCUCCUACUCGAAUGAUCCCGAGACUCAUUUAACUCUAGAUGACUCUGACUCCAAACGAAAAGUUCUGACAGCAAUCCCAGUUGUUAAGCCAAAAGAAGGAAACACCUACACAGGCAAGGCCUUGAACUACUCGCUACAGUUCUUUAACGCUGAAUACGGCGGCCGGAGAGCACUCAAGGUGCCUCAGAUCCUCAUGGUGAUCACAGACGGGGCAGCCACCGAACCUUACAAACUGAAAGAGCCAUCUGAUGCACUGAGAAACAACGGGGUCAUCGUCGUCAGUAUCGGAGUGAAAGAAGCCCCAGAGGCUCAGCUGAAUACCAUGGCUGGUGGAGACACAUCCAAAGUUUUCUUCGUGGACGAAUUUAAGGGACUAGAAACUCUGUACAGAAAUAUGUCUUCUGUCUUCUGCAUUAAGCCCGCUUGCGAGAAGGCCGACCUGGUCUUCCUUCUCGAUCGGUCUGGCAGUAUCAAACAACCCGAAUACACAAUCAUGAAAAACUUCACGGCAGACGUGGUGAGCAGCUUCAACGUCAGUGAAGAAUUUGUGCGUGUUGGACUUGCACAGUUCAGCGAAAAUCCUCGGGAUGAGUUUUACCUCAACAGAUUUUUCAAGAUGGAGGAUUGUGUCUCACACAUCAAAGGCAUGCAAUACGAAGGUGGAAACACCAACAUCGGAAAGGCCUUGGAACACAUUAAGGAUUACUUUGAUGAGUCGCGGGGCAGCCGCAGUGAGAACCCCAAGAACCUGGUGUUGAUCUCAGAUGGUGAUUCUCAAGAUGACGUGAGGGUGGCAGCUCGCAGUCUCAAGAAGCUGGGGAUCAAUGUGUUUGCCGUUGCCGUCGGAAACGUUCACCUGCUGCAGCUCCUGCAGAUCACCGGCACCCCAGAGAAGCUGUUUACUGUGCAUGACUUCAAAGACUUGCCAAAUAUCAAGAAGGAUUUGGUGGACACCAUUUGCCAAAAAGAUGAGCCUCCGGUUCUGCCCCCAACCCCGCCCCACCCCCCACCCCCACCAGGUGACUGCAGCAUUGACAUCGCCAUGGGAUUCGAUAUUUCUCAGAAAGACAGGGUUCCAGGUGAAAUGCUGAUCAGCGGCCACGACAAGCUCCGGGCCUUCCUGCCAGACAUCGUCCGUUAUGUUUCUUCGGUACAAGGUCUGUGCUGCGUCGGUCCAGAACCUGUCAAGACCAACAUGGCCUUUCAAGUGCUAGGUAGAGAGGGACAGAGCUUGUACGACACAAACUUCGAGGCCUACAACAGUGACACAGUGGAUAAAGUCAUGAGACUGCAGAUAUCAGAACCUACCUACUUCAACACCGCCCUGCUGAAGUCCUUCAAGGAGAGGUUCAAGGUCAAGUCCAAAGCUAGAGUGAAGGUGCUGGUGAUCUUCUCUGACGGACUCGAUGAGGACGUGAUGAAACUGGAGCAGGAAUCUGAGCUGCUUCGACAGUCUGGCGUCCACGCUCUGCUGACGGUGGCCCUGGAUGGGGCCCGAGACCCGGCCCAGCUGCAGAUGGUGGAGUUUGGACGAGGGUUCGGAUACAAGCUUCCUCUCAGCAUCGGCAUGCCGAGCGUCGGCAGCACCGUCCUCCAACAGAUUGACGCGGUGUCAGACAAGGAGUGCUGCAACAUCAUGUGCAAAUGUUCGGGCCUUGAAGGCGUCCGUGGCUAUCGGGGCCCCCCGGGGUCAAAGGGUCCGUCUGGACAGAAGGGUCAGCCGGGCUUCCCUGGAGAGGAGGGCGUCUCUGGGGAGCGAGGGCUUCCUGGACUCAUUGGACCUCAGGGCUUGGAGGGCUGUCCUGGACCCAGAGGACAGAAGGGCUCCUGGGGAGUCUCCGGUAACAGGGGCGAGGACGGUGAAGACGGACUGGACGGAGUCAACGGAGAGCAGGGACUGACGGGACCAGACGGAGCUCGAGGAGAGAGAGGAGAACCUGGAGACCCAGGUAUCUCAGGAAUCAGAGGGGAGGAGGGGCUUAAAGGACAGCGAGGACUCAGAGGAGAUCCGGGUGAACCAGGUGCUGAUAACACCAGUCCAGGAGCCAAAGGGGACCCUGGGAACCCAGGUUUACAGGGUUUACCUGGAACCGACGGGGCAGGAGAGGAUGGAGACACGGGGAACCCGGGUGCAGACGGGAGGAGAGGAUCUCUGGGGGACAAGGGGGUAUCUGGAAACAAGGGGGGUCCAGGACUUCAGGGCAGCCCAGGUGCUUCUGGUCCUCAGGGAAGCAGAGGGAAGAAGGGGGGUCCUGGACCAGGAGGACUCUCUGGCUUUCCUGGAACUCAGGGAGGACCAGGACCAGCUGGAGACCCGGGAUUAGCUGGACGUCGUGGAUCUAACGGACAGAAGGGCCAACCAGGAGAGCCCGGUGUGAAGGGGGCUGCCGGAACACCGGGACCCAGAGGAAUGCCGGGCCAGGACGGAAAAGACGGCUACGGACCUCCAGGACCCAAAGGAUCCAAGGGGGAUCCUGGUUUCCCUGGUUACCCUGGUCUACAGGGUGAGAGCGGUCAGAUGGGAACCAAAGGAUACCCAGGACGUAAAGGGAACCAAGGUCGAGGUGGGAACUCCGGCGGGCCGGGAGCCUCAGGCGGGCCUGGAGACCCGGGACAUCCAGGACACAAGGGUCCCAGAGGUCUCCCUGGAGGCAGAGGCAUGACUGAGUGUCAGCUGAUCAGCUACAUCAGAGACAACUGUGUGUGUUACCAAGGUGAGUCAGAGUGCCCGGCCUACCCCACCGAGCUGGUGUUGGGUCUGGACAUGUCGGAGGACGUGACCCCGGCAGCCUUUGAGAGGCAGCGCUCCGUCCUCCUGUCCCUGCUGGAGGACAUCGCCGUCUCCGAGAGCAACUGUCCGACGGGCGCUCGCGUGGCCGUGGUGGGUUACAGCGCCUACACCAAGUACCUGAUCCGCUUCCAGGACUACCACCGCAAGACUCAGCUGAUCGAGUCCGUGAAGAACAUCGCCCUGGAGAGGACGUCCAACCGGCGGCAGCUGGGGGCCGCCAUGCGCUUCGUGGGUCAGAACGUCUUCAAGCGGGUCCGAGCAGGAAUGCUGAUGAGGAAGGUGGCGGUCUUCCUCUCCAACGGACCCUCGCCAGAUGUUAGCGACAUCGCCACCGCAGUGAUGGAGUACCGGGCCCUCGGCAUCGUCCCGGCAGUCAUCUCUCUGAGGAACGCUCCUGCUGUUGGUCGAGCCAUGGAGGUCGACGACUCAGGAAGCUCCAUCUUCACCGUUCUGGGGAGAGACAUGGCUGCCGACCUGAAGAAGGUCAAGAGCUGUGCCGUCUGUUACGACCCCUGCCAGCGUUCGGAGCGGUGCUCCUUCAUCCAGGAACCGGUGAAGCCCCAGGAAGUAGACAUGGACCUGGUCAUGGUAGCGGACAGCUCCAGGGAGAUUCAGGCUGACGAGUUCGCCGGCAUCCAGCAGCUGCUGGGCUCUGUGGUGGAACAGCUGGCCGUGAGCCCGCAGCCCGGCAGGCCCGGAAACCAGGCCCGGGUGGCCUUGGUCCACCAGAGCAGCGCCCAGGCUACCAAGGUAGAUUUUGACCUCGGGUCCUACCAGACUAGCUCCAUGAUGAAGAACCACCUGAUCCAGAACUUCAAACAGCAGGGCGGCUCUUUGUCGCUGGGACGGACGCUGGAGUUCACCCUGCAGGAGGUGCUCCUGAAGGCAGUCCAGCCCCGGAGGAGGAGGGUGCUGCUGACCGUGGUCGGCACCCAGACGGCUCACGAGGACCGAGCCAAGCUGCGCUACAUCUCCCAGAAGGCCAAGUGUGAAGGGGUGGCGGUGUUCGUGGUGACGGUCGGAGAUCGUUACGACCGGACGCAGGUUGAGGAGCUGGCCAGUCCGCCUUUGCAGCAGCACCUGAUCCACAUGGGCCGUCUGAGGGCUGACGAGCAGGGCUACGCCCAGCGCUUCUUCAGGGUCUUCCUCUCCGCCCUCAACAAGGGAUUGAACAAGUAUCCUCCUCCUUUAUUGAAACAGACCUGUAACCAGCUGACAGACCAGGAAUUCUAUCCUCAGGACGGUCAGGAGAUCAGAGAGCAGAGAGACGAGGAGACCGGAGGACAGACUCAGUCCGGACAGAUGGACGUCACUGACACCCUGACCGGAGGAGACGGACUCAACGACGUCUGUCUCCUCCCAAAGGACAGCGGUGGCUGCUCCAACUUCACCCUGAUGUGGUUCUUUAACAGCCACGAGGGGAAAUGCUCUCGCUUCUGGUACGGCGGCUGUGGCGGCAACGACAACCGCUUUGCGACGCACAAUGACUGUGAGAGACUCUGUCCUACGACGAGAGGAGGAGGAGGAGGAGGAGGAGGAGGAGGAGGAGGAGGAGGAGGAGGAAGAGGUAUCGCAGGACGUCGCCGUCGGUUGAAGAUAGAUGCUUUUCACUAAACGUGAAUCGGAAAAAGAACUGAAGAGUCUGUACAGGGACGCUGAAACCUGUUUCCUUCACUUUGUCUCCUUCAUGCUCAGUUUCUCCAGAGAGUAGCCUUUUAGUUUUUAAUAUUCUUUGUCAUCUUAACUGUCAUUUGUGACACUCCAGACCUUCCAGGAUAUUGAUGUCUGUUGAUGAUCAGGUGCUAUUUUUUAAAAGAUCAGUUGAAAACAAAAACAAAUGGAAUUGAAAUAAAGGUCACAUGCUUCAUCUGGA